GCAAGCACAAACCAGCUGCCUAUAAAUGAAAAUUACAACUAGUGAGAAAUUAGCAGAAGGUACUGAACAUGUUUUAACAUGAUGGGUUUAAGGUUCCAUUUCCGUUUCUUGGUUUUGUGUGCAUGCCUUAUUCUCCCAAUUACCCAAUGCCUUGCUCACACCUGUCUGCCGGAGGAACAUGCUGCCCUGUUCAUUUUCGGGGAUUCAUUAUUUGAUGCCGGAAACAAUAACUAUAUCAACGCCACCACUAAUUUUCCGGCAAAUGUUUGGCCAUAUGGGGAAACGUUCUUCAAGUACCCAACUGGGAGAGCUUCUAAUGGCCGUCUAAUUCCAGAUUUCAUAGCUGAGUAUGCAAAGUUGCCAUUCAUUCUACCGUAUCUACAUCCUGGUUAUCCUCGAUAUACUGAUGGGGCUAACUUUGCAUCAGGAGGUGCUGGUGCUCUUUUUGAAAAUAGCUCUCGUCGAGGAUGGGUGAUAGACCUAAACACUCAACUUAAAUAUUUCAAGAACAUGGAGACGGUGUUGAAGCGUACACUUGGUGAAGCACAAACAAAGAAAUUGUUGUCCAGAGCUGUUUACUUAUUUAGCAUUGGAACCAACGAUUACGCAGCCCCUUUCAGUACAAACUCCAGCCUGCUUCGAUUUUCCACGCAUGAAGAAUAUGUAGAUAUGGUGAUUGGCAACUUCACAACUGUGAUCAAAGAAAUACAUAGGAAAGGAGGAAGGAAAUUUGGGUUUCUAAACUUGCCACCAGCGGGUUAUUUUCCAUCUACGAAAGCAACAAUGCCACAAAAUAGUGAGGAAAUUACAGCACUGGUUAAACGGCAUAAUAAAGCACUCUCUCAUGCCCUCCAGAUCCUCGCGAGCCAGCUGGAAGGAUUCAAAUAUUCAUAUACCAAUCUCUACAAUUUUAUCACCGAAAGAAUGAAUAACCCUUUAAAAUAUGGUUUCAAAGAAGGGAGGAUGGGAUGUUGUGGAAGUGGUCCAUACAGAGGAAUUCAAAGUUGUGGAAGGAAGAGAUCAAUCAAUGAUCAGUAUGAAUUAUGUGGGAACCCCAGUGAAUAUCUGUUUUUUGACUCUGCUCAUCCAUCUGAAAAGGCUAACGAGCAACUAGCCAAACUAUUAUGGAAUGGAAAUCUUGAUGUCACAUGGCCUUACAAUCUAAAAGCACUAUUUGGACAGAAGCAAAGGGAGAUUAAUUAACCCACAGGCAAUUACGCAUUAUGCUUACUGCACUUGCCUUGCUUGUAUGCUCAAGAUUUUGAACUAAACUAUGCAUUUUCGAAGAUGCAUUAAAGUAAUAAGGAUUAAAUGUUCUAAUUUUGUUUCAGUUUCUAAUGAUAUCUGCACUCUGGUGAAAUGCUACAAGGUUUUCAAUUCA